GGCGGUUGGAAUUUGAAUCCUGGCUGGCCCCGGUACCUGUGGUAUUGGGCGUGGCGAGCUCGCGGCUUCAGGGGGUGCGUGCAGGGAGCCGAGAGGUUAGGGUCUCUUUCCGCGAGUGCCCAAGUCCCCCUCUGCGGGGGUACGGGGCAGGUUAUCGUUUCCAUACCGGUUCGCUCCAGCUCAGCCCUGCCCCCCAUGCCGAGCCCGGGUCCCCGGUGCCCGGUGCGUGAGCAGCGGGCCCGCUGGGAGAGGAAGCGAAGCCGCACCGCACGGGAGCUCCUGGAGACGGAGCAGCGCUACCAGGAGCAGCUGGGGCUGGUGGUGCAGUACUUUUUGUGCAUUUUGAGAGCUAAAGGGACCCUGCCACCAGCUGAACUUAAGGCUGUGUUUGGACCCUGGGAAUCCAUCCAUAGUGCCAGCCAAGAGCUGCUCCUGCAUCUGGAAGCUGGAAAUUGGGGAGUAGGCCUAGAAAGAUUCUGUCACCACUUGGAACACUACACCUGCUAUGCUGCCAAUGAGGAGCGGUCCAGGGCCACCCUCGAGAGGUGGCUAAAGAAGAAGAAUUUCAGAAAGUUUGUACAGCUUCAGGAGGGGCGCCCUGAAUUUGGGGGCCUUCGGCUAGUGGACAUACUUCCCUUACCACUGCGACGUCUCCAACAAUGUGAAAACCUGGUUGUAGCUUUGACUGAAAAUACAGGUCCUGACAGCCCUGACUAUCAACAGCUCACAAGAGCUGCUCAGAAGUUGAGUGAGGCCAUCCAACAGGUUAGUGCUAUCGGUCAAGAACAGGAGAACUGCCGGCAGCUCCAUCGGAUUCAAGCUUUACUCAGUGGCCGUAGGGCUAAAGGUCUGACCAAAGGGCGCUGGUUCCUUCGGCAAGGCUGGCUGCUGGUGGUCCCCCCUAAGGGGGAGCCAAAGCCCCGACUGUUCUUCCUCUUCUCUGAUGCACUUUUGAUGACCAAACCGCGGUCUGUCUUACAUAUCCUGCAUGGAGGGACCUUUGCUUGCCAGGCCCUUUAUCCCAUGGCCCAAUGUCAGCUCCAAAGGAUCUUUGGUCACUCAGGGGGGCCAGGAGGUGGCCUGCUCAGUCUUUCUUUUCCUCAUGAAAAGUUGCUGCUCAUGUCCACGGACCAAGAGGCACUAUCCCGUUGGUACCACAGUCUGACAGCAGCCAUCAGGUAUGCCUUGAGUCUCCCCUGCUUCUAGGGAUUUAGUGGUGUCCUUCCCCUCAACACUCAUGUACUCUGCCUCUCUGGCUGCCAGGGCUCUCACCCAGACUG